UGUACCGCUGCCGCCCGAGAAAGGGGUUCCGCGUUCGUAUUUUAGCAAAAGAUUGUGCAAACGGUCCUGUUUGUUCCGGAAAACUGCUGCAGUUCCUUUGCGACGUGCGUGAUUUUCCCUAUUUGCGAGGCACACAACGGCAAUCUGCAACAAAAGACUGCCCCGCGAUUCUAUUGUGCGUAACAUCAACAGUACAAGAGAUUAACGCACACCACAUCCUGGAAGUUUCCGUCACCGUGUCCGAGGUGUACCGUUUAUCGAAAACCAAAGCAGAAGGAAACGCUUCUGCCGGAUGGCGAAUGUUGAAAGAGACGACAACAUGUUGAACGAAGAGCAGGAAUCAUCGCAAUCCAACAGCAGCAAUGGCUCGAGCGGCGUCGUACAAGUGAGCUCCGGCUUUCAGCUAAAGUCCAGCCUGCUUCGCCAGUCCACAUUUGGUGCCUCCUCCUUCCUCGGCGGCAGUGGUGGAGGAUCAUCGUCCAGCAACAGCGUCUCGUCUUCUCCGUCGUUCAACACCGGUAGCACCAACAGCUUCAACCUGAAGCCGAGCGUGCUGAAACCGUCGCAGCUGAGCUUCGGCGGAAUAGGCGCUGGCAGGGCGGAAGGCAACGGAUCGGAUCGAAACGGUAAUGACGCGGUUGCAUCGACACCGGCCUCAUCCAAUCCGUUCCUGAAGACGCAACAGAGCGAGGAAGAUCCCAACGAGUCGGAAACGGGCGAUUCGAAGGGAGCCACCGCGGCAACGUCGUCAUCGUCGGCAUCGGGCGAUAGCGAAGGCAACCCAGCUAGCGCCAACAGUAACAACGUCGCCGUGGUUGACCCGUUGGCUAAGCUAAAGAGUGCUUCUUUGCCGAAAUCGAACCUUUUCGCCAACGUUAGCAAAUCGACCCUUAGUGAAGCGUCUGGAUUCGUGUUUGGUCAGAAUGUGCACGAACGGGUGACUGGUGAAAACCUGGCCAGCACUACCGGUGGGGUGAAUUCACUGCCGACCACGGAAUUUUCCUUCGCCACCAGCGGCUCCGAGGGAACCACCGGUAACGGGGCCACUGAUGGCAGUGGAGCGGUUGCCACGGACAGCACCACCUCGACCGCGGCUCCUGCCGCAUGUGGUAAGGAUGGUUCGGAUUCCUCCGAUGGCACGAGCAGCAGCCGGGAGCCAAAAGACCGCGAAAGCCUAGAGGAAGCCGCACGCCGGUAUGAGGAAAGCCGCGGUGCGUUGAAGCGCAAGUACGAGGAGGUGGAAACGAUUACGGGCGAGGAGGAUGAGCGCAACGUGGUGGAGAUAGCGUGCAAGCUGUUUGCGUUCGCGAAAUCCAACUGGGAAGAGCGAGGCCACGGCACACUGCGACUGAACGACAAGGAAAACAACGAAUCUCGUGUCGUCUUUCGGCAGUCCGGUAAUCUGCGCGUUCUGAUCAACACCAAGGUCUGGUCCGGAAUGAUUGCUCAAACUCCGAGCCCGAAAAGCUUACGCCUAACUGCCAUCGACAGCACGGGACAGAUUAAAGUGUUUCUGGUGAUGUCUCGCCCGGAAGUCAUCAGCAAGCUCCACAAUGAGCUAACGAAGCGCAUCGAGGUAGCCAAGCAAGCGGCAGAGCUGGAGGCAGCCAAGGAAAACAAGGGCGACAAUCAGGCAUCCUUGGUGGGAUCGGCAGUAUCCGAUAGUGCCGCAAAGGCCAUCGAAAAGGCUGAUGAUGAAGAAUCCCGUACGGCGCCCGACCCGGAAGACGAGAAUAGCAGCUCCGCUGAGGUGCCCGAGGAUGAGCCGAGUGCAAAGAAACGGCACGGUAGCAUAGCAUCGGCAGAACCGGCCUCUUCUUAAACCUACACAUUCUUGCGACUGGAUUAAUAUUAUACAACAACAAAAAAAAAACGAAAAAAAUCAGCAGCAAUGGUCUUGAGGCGUCGAUGAUGAUGGCCACAUCACUUUGCUAUUUCACCAUUCGAAACUUCACUUCUUGCAUCCAAUAGCAUCUGAAAAGCGGUCCCGCUGCGAUAGUCGAACGUUGAAGUGUGAACGAUCUUGAAAACUGAUAAGUUCCGUCAGGGGUGGAGGCGAAUGUGUACGAGUAGUGGGGUGUGAUGAUCGGUAUCGUCCUGGCGACCCCAAGCUGAGAUGCACAAUAAAUUAAGUUAAAAGGGAGGGAGCGGAAGAGAGAACAAUAUGAAAUUUACCGAGGAAAAAACAGCUAAACUUUGUAUAAACUACCGUACCCCAUGUGGGAGGGGGAGGAUAGUAGUGGCGUCAUCUUAGAUGUUUAAGUGUUUUGUGUAACCACCACCGAUGAUAACAUGCAGGUGGUUUGUAGUGCAGGAGCAGGCGUCCGUGUGGGGAAUGUAGGAUGCAGCUGGUUGCAUGGGUUUUCUACUAGCUAUCAUCGUGUUAUGCUGCUACUACAGCAGGCCAGAGGGAACACCAAGCGAACGAAAGCGCAAUGUUUUGUGGAACACAAAAAAUGCGAGCGGAGCAAGCUGUGAACAAAAUCUGCCGCUCGCUGAA